ACAGAACAGGGGCAGACUGUUGAGAAAGCCCAUCUGCGGCGGCCUUCCUCGUCAGAGGUCGAGGUCGGCAAAGCGAGCUGGGUAAGGGAUACAGGGCCCUGCGGCUCCAGGCCAAGAGAAGGACGGUGGAUCCUACCGCAAAAGCCUCAGCUCCGGAGUCUAUGGAGAAGCUCCAGGACCGGUAUUCUUUCCUUUGUUCAGAAAACAUACGGAAAACGAAUCCUUUAAUACUGAACAUACUCCAAAAACUGGAUGAAGAAAUCGAGAAGGGACCCAAAGAAAAAAUCACAGUAAACGUGGCUGGUAACAAUCGCUUAGAUUCAGGACAAAGGAUAACAAGCGAGGACUUCUGGCUUCUUUCCAAAGCUUUAAGGAACCAGCCGUGCAUCGGUGGUGUGGAUGUGAGGUAUAACCUCAUAGGCGACGUUGGUGCCUACUACGCUGCAAAACUACUUCAGAAACAACCAAGUAUCACGUACUUAAACCUUAUGUUUAACGACAUUGGACCUGAAGGCGGAGAAUUGAUUGCUAAAGCACUGCAGAAAAACAAGACUCUUAAGUAUUUGCGAAUGACUGGAAAUAAAAUUGAGAACACAGGCGGCAUGCUUUUCGCUGCGAUGCUACAGAUGAACUCAUCCCUGGAGAAACUGGAUCUGGGCGACUGCGACCUGGGACUGCAAAGUGUGAUAGCAUUUUCUACAGUACUAACUCAAAACAAAGCAAUCAAGGGAAUAAACCUGAACCGGCCCAUACUGUACGGAGAACAGGAAGAGUCUACAGUCCACAUCGGCCACAUGUUGAAACAAAAUCACGUCCUUGUUGAACUGCAUAUGUGCAAACAUGGUAUGAAAAAUUAUGGUAUACAACAAUUGUGCAAUGCACUGCAUUCGAAUAGCACUCUACGCUACCUUGAUGUCAGCUGCAAUAAAAUAACUCGUGAUGGAAUGGUGUUUUUGGCUGAUGUUCUAAAAAUCAAUACUACUCUGGAAGUACUAGAUCUCUCUUUUAACAGAAUAGAAAAUGCAGGCGCAAAGUACCUCAGUGAAACUCUAACUUCCCACAACAGGAGUCUUAAAGCAUUGUCUGUAGUCAGCAACAAGAUAGAGGGAGAAGGGCUUGUUGCACUUUCCCAAUCAAUGAAUACAAACCUUGUAUUGUCCAAUAUCUACAUUUGGGGAAACAAAUUUGAUGAGGAUACCUGUGUGGCAUAUUCAAAUUUGAUAGAGAGUGGCCGAUUAAAGCCAGAGAAUACAGAUGUGGAACCGUACGUGGUGGAUGAACACAUCUACCUUGCCGAAGUCUCCAACGGCCUUAAAAGGCAUUAUUACUGGACACCGACUUACGGAGAAUGCUACGUGCCGUCAUCGUCUGCAGGCUUUGCUCUGGUUCCUGUGGGCGAGCGUCUAUAAGAAACAAGCUUGAAAACAGUUUUCACACAUUUGCCUCAACACUUUUAGAGACUAAUAUUUUGUGGACUAUUUUUCCUUUUGUAAAUUAGAACACAUUUUUAUCAAAUUAUAAAAUUUUGUGUACUUGCCUCUUGUAGAGAAAAAAAAUGUGAUUCUUAACAUAGAGACUAAAAUAUCAUACCUUAACAAACCACAGAACUAUAGUAAUUCUUUUUGUAAUGAAAAACGAACACAGAAAUGAAAGACAGUAAAGUCACGACAGAAGUCUUAACCAAAUGUUGGGGCAGAUUUGGCUCUGCCGCUGGCAGAUUUCCAGUGGCUUUUGAGAGCAGCUCACAAGUCAAAAAGUAUUCCGCACAGACGUGCAGGCAUUACACACGGGUGUUAACGGUCUUCACAAAAACAAGAAAAUAAAGCUUCCUCGCACAGAC